AAAGAGGGAAGCUUAGGCUAAGGCUAAGUGUUCAUUAGACAGAAUAGUUGUAUCUUUCUCUUUCUUUUCUUCAUUUCUACUUUCAACUUUUUCUUCAUCUUCAUCAUCAUCAUCAUCUUUAAAUCAUUACCAGUUUAUCAUAAUCAUCUCCAUCGUCUUAAUCAUCUUCAUCAUCCGUUUCCUUGUCAUCUAUUCACCUUUAAACUUCUCAUCCUCAUCAACACCAUGGACAGUUGCUAAAUAUAUUAAUCAAACAACAACCUUCAUUUUUGCCUUUUGGUUUUGUUUGUGUUUAUUUCUAUCUUUCAUUCUAGGUUUAAUUUUGUAAACACUAUUCUGUUAUCAAAACAAAAAUAUUUCUACCAUGGUUCCACCAACAAUAACAAUACUAUUAUCAAUUUGACCCAAUGUAGUGAGAGUCUUAAAGAUCCAAUGGCUGUACUAGAGUGACUCCAUGAUAUGAUAUGAGCUAUUACGCCAAAACAAAACAUCAGGCAUUUAUCAAACUGACUCAAGCCCAGAAUGCCGAGAGAAUGUCUAAUAUGCAGGGAAGAGAUGAUCUUCUAGAUGCUUUUUCACCGCCAUCAUCAUCAUCGACACAGCCUCCAUCUCCAUUAUCAUUGUCACCUCUUGCUUACUCACCACCCACAACUGAUACAAAUUCAACUGAUACAUUGAAAUCAUCGCCAUCAAUACCAGUUUCUUUACCAUCGGAUGCUCCUAUUGCUGCUUUACAAAUGCCUACUGCAUCUCUCAUACCCCAGUGUCUCGAGUUCUCAAGCCCAAAGUCAAGAAUCAAACGUUACAAUCUUGAAUCGCCUAUUGCACCAUCCUAUAAAUAUCCGGACUCAGAGGCUAAAAAAUCACCUUAUCCAAAAGCAGUUCUCAUCUGUAAGAAUAAAGCUCAGUUUCAAGAUAGAAGUCUUAAUCUUAAUGAGCCUGUAAAAAUUGGUAGAGCUGUUGGCAAGUGUAGACCACUUCAAAUAAAUGGGAUUUUUGAUUGUAAAGUAUUGUCUCGUAACCAUGCUCUUCUCUAUUAUGAAAAAAACAAGUUUUACCUUCAAGACACGGGAAGUUCCAAUGGCACUUUUGUGAAUAAUGUUCGUUUGAGUAACUCUAAUGAGACCUCCUUGCCCAAAGAAAUCUUCUCCGGUGAUCAUGUACAGUUUGGUGUGGAUGUUACAGAGAGCUCGAAAUAUUUAACAAUUCCUUGUAUAUCUGCAACGCUUAAGCUUUAUCAUGCUGAUGGAUCAGAGGCUAAACCAAGUGAAGGGAUAGCCUUACACGGUCUUAAUUCAAAUGUAAAGUAUUUUAACUUGCUUCAACUUUCUAGCUGGUUACAAGAGGCACGCCAAAGGGAAGAAAUUCUACGUAAUAAAUUAAUAAACCUGAGUACAAUAUUGCAAAAGGCUCAAGCAUCUUCUGAACAAAGUUGGAAAUCUAUGGUUGAAGAGGAUAUACUUUUAAGUCGUAUUGAGUCUUUACAAAUGAAACUAAAAUCUCUUCUUGAUUCGGACCUCAACAGGCCUGAUGAAGUAAUUCUUCACCUUUGGAAAGAAGUCAUGAACCUUCAAGAAGAUCGAGAAAGAUACGAAUCAAAAGCCAAAGAUGCAAUCCAGAAAGCUUUACAAGAAAAGUUACUGGUUAUAUCCAAAAAUUAUGAGUUACAAAUAGCGCUGAGCUCUUCUGAAGAACAGCGUGAUCAUUAUAAAGAUACAUGUGACUCAUUAUUGGAUGAAAUGAAGAAGUUAGCCGAGGAACAUGAUAAACAAUUCAAAGAGUUACAAGAGAUGCAAGAUAAAUACAAAUCUUUGGCAAAAGCAUUCGAAAAUAUUUCCAAUGACUUGAGAUUAUCGACCAAAAUAACUGAAGAUGAAGGAAACAAAAAACCUAAAGAGAACGGGGUUAUUGAUAAUCAAAUUGAUUAUAAUAAAGUGACAGAUCCAUUUGAGCACAGCAGUCCCGAGGAAAAUACAAAAUUAAAUAUGGAAGACCAUUUCACUAGCUAUGAUUUAAAUAAAUUUUCAAGUCUAGAUGAAACUAUGACUCAUUGUACGUCCACCGGACUGAAUAAUAUUGAGGAAACAGUUUCAUCAACCGAGAUUCCAUCUGAAAAUGAAGUGACGGCACUUUUCCAUAACGACAUUAUUACUGAUGAAACAAUCAUUGAAAAGCUAGAUGACGCAAAUACUUCGCAGUCAAUCCAUUCCAGUGAUUUGUCAGCAUCUGAAAUUUCAGACCAGACACUACAAUCUGAAAAUCUUCCUGAUGAAGGCUUAUCAGAAAGCUACUCUUCUCAGCCUGAGACUGAAAAGCUGGAUGUUGAGUCUGAAAUUUCUACUAACUAUUUUCCGUCCACUCAAGCUACAGAAGAGAAAGUUAUCGAUGAAGAAUCGGAAGUAACAAAUCACAUUAACGAUGAAAGCAAAUGUACUGAAGAUAUAUCUAAAGAAAUGACUGAUGAAAAUUCGUUAGUUCGAAAAGAAUCAAAUGACGACAUGUCUUUAGAUGGCUCAACUAAUUCAGACGAAAUUUCGAUGUUGUCUGUGAUAACAAAUGACACUAAACCCGAAGUAAUAAUGGAAGAACCUUGUUCUCUUAAAGAUGAUGCUGUUUCUGAAAAUAACAAUAUUGUGCCAAAUGAAAUUGAAAUUUCAUCGACAACUGUCAAUGAUGUUGCAACCGACACUCAAUGCUUGCUUGACGAAAAUACAACUAAUAUUAAUGAAUCUAGUCUUUUGGUUGAUUCCGAUCUUUUGGAAAAAUAUGAGCAAGAAGUCGCAGAACUUAAAUCUCUAUCUGAACAAUAUAAGGCAGACAAUCACAAAUUAAAAGAUGAGCUGACCACCUUAAAACAUGAAUAUGAUCUCGUUGCUUAUCAAAAUCGAACGGCAUCCAUUUGUGCAAUUGUCCCUUUGAUUAUACUAUCAUUGGCUUUCAUUUUUGCAUACUACCCAAGCUUUUCUAGUGUCACAGGUACAAUGGAAUCUUGAGAAGAUUUUUGACGAAUGGAAAAAUGAAUUGCUGGAUUUGAAGCCUUCUCAACCUUUUUCAGUGCCUCAUAUUUACACAUUAUUUAAUUACACAACAAGUUUUUGGCCAUAGUUAAAAAAAUACUAGAUCAACCUUGCCAUUUUUUAUCUUUCCAGAUUAUUGGUUAAACUUCGUCCCCGCAAAUACAAAAAGAACCAACAAAUGAUCAUAAUGAUUAUUUUGGCUUUAGGACAAGCUGCAAACCAAUUUAUAAACCCAACGUCAAGACAUAUGAAUCACUAGGAAAACAACAAACACUUUUUCAUCUCAAAUUUUGAAUAAUGAUAAUGAUAAUAACUAUAUUAAUGAUAAUAUUAAUAAUAAUACUUAUGUUAAUUAUCUCCUAAAAA